AUGAUUUCAGACUAUCUUCAACAACCGAAGGGGUACGAGAUUCUAAUUCUCGUCCUGACUCCGAUCCUGCUCCACGUUAUUGGGACAACAUUGUAUAAUGUCUUCUUCCACCCACUCGCAGCGCUGCCUGGUCCGUUAGCAUGUAAGAUUAGCCGUAUCUGGCAGUAUCUGUCGGAGCUAGGCGGUGAUGGUGCAAAUACUUUGGCAGCUUUGCAUAAACAAUAUGGGCCGUUGGUUCGGAUUGGACCCAACGAAGUCUCGAUUAGAGAUCGAGAAGCAUUUGUUACAAUCAACAAGCAAGGAACCCGUUUCCUAAAACAUUCUACGUUCUAUGAUGCCUUCUCCUCUCACCAUAACAACUUAUUCAACUUUUCUAAUGUCGAUGAACACUCGAAACGAAAACGACUCAUGUCCCCUUCGUUUUCACGCGCCUCAACAGAGCAACAUGACGCUAUUAUACAAGCAACUAUCAAGCCGGUGAUGGAAGAGAUUGCUGUGAGUGUUCGGAAAGGAGAGUCUAUCGAUUUGUAUCCUGCCAUGCGCAGGUUUGCGAUCAAGUCUAUCAUAUCCUUCUGUUAUGGAAACAAUUCGAUCUCUCCCGAUUAUGUCGAAAGUGUGAUACCGAACCUCUUCCGGGUACUCAAUGAAAGCCCAAGGGAUUUGCUGGCGUUACAACAUUUUCCUCUCCUACGAAAGUCUCUGAAGCGCCUCGCCCUGAUAUUCCCCCAGCUAUUUCCAGAAUCUAUCAGGUUUCUAGAAAGUGUCGGAAUGGAGCUUCUACAUUCUUCUCGAAAGUCAAGCAGCACAGCUCAACCAGGCCUUUUCAAGGAAAUGCAGAAGCUGCUGAAGGUAAAAGGCCAGUCGCUGACUGAUAAUGAAAUCAUUGCAGAAAGUAGCACGAUGUUCUUUGCUGGCACGGAUACAACUGCAACCACGAUCUCUGUCGGGCUCUGGCACCUCUUUCACCAACCCGACGAUUAUGCUCGCCUUCAAGACGAGCUAAAGACAAUCAUGCCGGAUGUGAACUCCAAGCCGAGCUUGAGAGAACUCGAAAGCUUGCCUUUCCUCGAAGCCUGCAUUAAAGAGAGCCUGCGUUUAGCAUGUCCCCCUAGAGGGCGCCUUCCACGUGUCGUGCCAUCGGAAGGUUUAGAAGUGAAUGGUUUUAGGAUUCCUGCUGGUUGUGUUGUAUCUUCAUGUAUAUCUUACAUGACAUACGAUGAAGAAGUAUUCCCAGAACCAUGGAAGUUUCGACCUGCAAGAUGGCUCCAGGAAAACAGCAAGGAGCUUGAUGCAUUCUUCUACCCCUUCUCUAGAGGCACGCGAUCAUGCAUUGGACAAAGUUUGUCUCUUGCUGAACAACGAAUUGCAAUUUCACAAAUGGUUCGCCGGUUCUCCCCCAAUAAGGGUAUGCAAUUUCGCGAAAUUGUUGGGAAAGAGUAUAUAACAUAUGUCGUGGAAGAUGACCUUCCAGUGAUGCUGGAGGAAGCUAAGUAG